AUGGCAAUUAGGUGUUUAGCCGUGUUCCUCGUUGCUCUCAUGGUGGCUCAAGCCGUCAGUGCAACCAGACCUGCCCCUGUCAAGAAUGUCGGAGCUGGUCUUGACGACCAAAAGAACUUUGUGGCGUUUGCUGGCGUCGGUGGAGCUGCUGGAGUUGGUGGAGUCGGUGGUGUUGGAGCUGGUCUUGGUGGUGUUGCAGGUGGAGUCGGUGGUGUCGCCGGAGUUAUCCCCAUAGGUGGCGUAGCCGGAGGAAUUGGUGGUCUAGGGGGUGGUGUAGGGGGACUAGGCGGUGGUUCAGGUAUCGGUGGUGGAGUAGGUGGAAUUGGUGGUGGUUCAGGUCUCGGUGGAGGAAUAGGCGGCAUUGGUGGUGGUGUAGGUGGACUCGGCGGUGCAGGCGGUAUAGGCGGUGUUGGUGGUUUGGGUGGAAUUGGCGGUGGAAGCGAUUGCGGAGGCCUUCUUCACCCUUAA